AUGGCUACUACCGCGCCGCUUAGCGCUAAAAGCAAGCUCGCCGGCGCCUCCCUGAAGAUCACCCCCUCCAACUCCCCCGUUCUGCGCCCAGGCACAUCGAGUCGAUCGCCGAGCAAGUCCUCACACCAGUCCUCGCUUUCGUUGCAGACGGUCAUCGGUACGACUACAACCACCCCCAAUGGCUUCUCCAGCCACGACCAGAGCAAAAGCUUCGCCUUGUGCGCCGGGUCCGCGGCCGUCCUCGCUGAGCUGGACGACGAGGCCAAUCUGAGCCAGCGCUUCUUCCGCGCUCGCCCUUCAGCGACGAGCGUGAACCCGACGACUUCCUUCUACAACCAAGCCACCCCACCCGCUACCCCCGACCACAAAUCUCGAUCCUUGUCCCAUAUCCGAUCCAAUCCGCACCUCAAUGUUCCCAAUGGGUCGCCGUCUAGCGAGGUGGGCGACAGUGGCAGCCCGCGCGCAUGGUCCUCCAGGGAAAGGAUCAAGGCUGUUACCAGUGUCUCGAUCAGCCCCAAUGGGAGAUUUUUGGCGGUAGGAGAGACCGGCUACAAUCCUCGAGUCCUGAUCUUUUCAACCGCACGAGACGCAUUACCCGACGUCCCUCUUUCUAUCCUUACCGACCACACAUUUGGCGUACGAAGCCUCGCCUUCAGCCCUGAUUCACAGUAUUUGGCAACCCUGGGUAAUGUGAAUGAUGGCUUUCUGUUCAUCUGGGCAAUCAACCUCAAGAAUGGAUCAGCCAAAAUCCACUCCGCCAACAAAUGCACGGCCUUCAUUCGGGACAUGUGCUGGGUCGGCCAGUCCUUGGUUACGGCUGGAGUGCGUCAUGUCAAGGUAUGGAAACUUCCAUCAAUCCGACCAGUCUCGCCUACAAAAUCCCGUUUGAAUGUGGAUGGCACUGCCCCAUCUCCAAACCCGGCACCAAAGGCUCUUUCUGGCCGGAAUUGCUUGCUGGGUCAACUGAGCGACAACACUUUCAGCUGCGCAAGUAGUAUCUCCGACCAAGAGGGCGUUGUUGGCUCAGAGUCCGGUGCCGUGUGCUAUCUCGAUGACCGGGAAGGGUCUCAGAAACUGCAGCUGGUCACACAGGUUGGGUUCGCCAUCACGUCUUUGACGGUGGACUUCGAUCGAGAAUUAAUCUGGUUGGGGGGCCACGGCAGGAAAAUGCGACGAAUCUCAUUUGAGACACUGCGUUCCUCAGCCGCAUCAACUCCGAUGUCACCAGCACGUUUGGACAAGAUCGUGGUAGACAAGAAGAAUAGGAUCCCCGCAAUCACCUGUAUGGGCUCUCUUUCCUCACACUUAGUCACAGUGGAGGCAAGUCGCGAGAUACAUAUCUACCCUAUUGAGGGUUUGCGCGAGGAUGGUGAGCAGGAGCAUGGGGACACAUCGAUGCCCGCCCACCGAGACCCGGUUUUGGGUAUUCGUCGUCUGAACGCAUCCGACUUCUCGGCAAACUUCUUUACGUGGUCCCGCAAUGGCUCCGUGAUCUUCUGGGAUUCACAGGGUAAAUGCCUGGAUUCCAAAACAGUAGUCCUGGAGCAGAAUUCCGAGGCCGAAGAUGUGGCAAAUGACCUGAAGGUACUCAGAGCUUCGGAGAAUGCAGAAUGGUUCGUUUCUGGGGACAAAUAUGGAGUCCUAAGACUUUACACCCGCGAGCCAUGGACAAACGUCAACGAUGUCCGCGCCCAUGGAGCCGAAAUCACCGACGUUGCUAUUCAUUCGACUGAAGACUACUGUUUGAUCGCAAGCGCUGGACGAGAUCGCAUGGUGCAGCUCUUCCAAAAAGCCGAAUCUAACCUGGGUUUAAUUCAGACCAUGGACGAACAUGUUGGCGCUGUGGGCCAACUAAUGUUCAUGAACGAUGGUGAGAAACUGCUCUCAUGCUCUGCAGACCGCACCAUUCUCGUACGGGACCGUGCCACGCGGGAGGAAGAUGGCGCAAUUUCGGUUGCCUACCUGAUAACCAGGGUCAUCACUCUCAAAGCUUCCCCUGUCUCUAUGACCUUCUGCCCGGAUGACUCCAAUAUGCUCUACGUCUCGACCAUGGACCGUUGCAUUUCAAAGUUCGAUAUUCCAUCUGGAAGGCAGCUCCAUUGUUUCAAAGCAUCGGACUCAGAAACUAAUGAUGCCGUGAUUAUGAGCGCCUUGACUGUGACUUCUGGAAAUCCUGGUCAAAGUCCGAAGCUACUACUUGGUGUUUCUAGCACCGACAAGUCUAUUCGGGUGUAUGAUUUGGAACGAGACCAGUUGCUCACUGGAGAGUUCGGUCACACCGAGGGCGUGAGCGACGCAAUGCUCCUAGAAGGAAAAGAGAGUGACGAUGGCGCCGACAGAUCGGCUGUUAAGCGAAACCUGGUCUCGGCUGGUAUCGAUGGGAUCUUGAUGAUUUGGAAUCUAUCUGUUCAGCCACAGUCUUCCCCCGAAAUGCUACAGAAUGGUCGGGACGAAGACGGCCCUAUGAAGGAGGCGACAGCUGCCAAACCUCCUCUUCGGAAAGUCCUUUCCCGGAGUGAACUAGCUGGCUUCCAGCGACCUGAUAAUCCAAGCCCUCUGGGAACUCCCACGCCUGUGCGCGAUCUUUCUCCGACCUUGACUCGAAAGAUGUCAAAACUUUCUCUCACGCCCUCCAACCUCAAAAAUCAUUCAUUGGCCGAUACUCCAUCUCCUCCUAAUCGCCGUUCACCCACCGAGUCAAGUCGCCGAUCUCCAUCUCCAGUCAGCCCUAAAUCCAAACCUCCAGUCUCCAAAAAGACUUAUAGCACGCGGGGCACCAGCCGGCGCAUCUCUUCGGACUUCCGAUCUCGCGCCAAGGCAUCUCACCGGACCGAGUUUGGCAGCCUAGAGAUGUCGACCGAGCAAGUAUGUCGGACACUACGAGCAUACCGCAAGAAGCUCAACGGCUCUAGCCAACCCGUCCUGGCUCAGAAGGAGCUCGAACGAGAACUGAACCUGACUCUUCGCGCCGUGAACUCACGUGCCAUGAACAGCGAUGAAAGCGCAGAGACGGAGACAGACAGUAGCGGCAAGGAUCUGGACCGGAAGCCUAGCUAUUCCUCCGUCUCCUCCCGAUCUCCUCACUACCCUCGUCAUGCGCCGUCAACUCCGCUUCUGCGCCAGAAGAACCCACGAGAGGUUUCGAGGAGUCGGUCAUUCGAUGCCAACGCAGACGAAUGA